GCGUUAGGAAUGCCACCAGGAUCGCAGUGCAACAUUUGUAACUAGUGUGCGCGGUGGUUCGUGGCCACGCUGGCUGCUGCGAGUGUGUCACGGUGACGCGCUCACGAGCUGCAGAUUCAUGAACGCGCGUCGUCCCUUUUUUUUUUUUUUUUUUUUUGUUGGGAUUUGAUGGGAUCAGCGAGAGGGACGCGAAUGAAAGGUCGGUGUAAGGUUUCCUCCCUCUGUCCUCGUUUUCUACAAGCAGCAGCCUCACAGAUAAGACAGACCGAGCCUCCAGCCGGCAAGAAGAGAGCUGUCAGGAGUGUUUGUCCUCCUCAUGGAGAACAUUUAAUCAGCACCGCCCAGCCAAUGCUGCGUCCUGUCUCCGCCGUCCCAGUGCAAACAAGUAGUUAAUAACCUCUACUUUUUAAGAAGAACAGUCCCAACGGCGCAGCUCUCACUUCGAUUGGAUUCAAACACAAGACUCCACUGAAUACACAACUCGGAGGAAAUAAUACUUCUUCUUUUUUUCACCCCGAAGUUCUGCGUCUGUGUUUUCGGAACCGACUGCAACCAUGGGGGCCACAGGCUACGGCUAUUAUCGAGCAGCCGUCUUCUCCUGCAUGUUCAUCGGCUACGCGCUGUACUUCUUCAACAGGAAGACCUUCUCCUUCGUCAUGCCCUCUGUGAUGGAGGAGAUCGAACUGGACAAAGAUGACUUGGGUCUGAUCACCAGCAGCCAGACCAUGGCGUACGCCAUCAGUAAGUUCAUCAGCGGCGUGCUGUCGGACCAGAUCAGCGCCCGCUGGCUCUUCUCUAUCGGCCUCUUCCUGGUGGGCGGCAUCAACGUGGCGUUCUCCUGGUCCUCCACCGUCCCCAUGUUCGCCCUGCUCUGGUUCUUCAACGGGCUGGGUCAAGGCUGCGGCUGGCCCCCGUGUGGGAAAGUGCUGCGCAAGUGGUUUGAGCCCUCUCAGUUUGGAACAUGGUGGUCUAUUCUGUCCUGCAGUAUGAACCUGGCCGGGAGUCUGGGUCCGAUCCUGGUCACGGUGCUCCUGCAGUACUACGACUGGAGGACUGUCCUGACCAUGUCGGGGAUCCUCUGCGCCUCCUUCUCGUUUGUUUGUGUGGUGCUCAUAAAGAACGAGCCAAAGGACGUGGGCCUGCCCAGCAUCGAGCCAGCGGCCAAGAAGGGGGCUAAGGGAGGCAACAGUGAGAGCACCCUGAGGGAGUUCCUCCUCUCCCCUUUCCUGUGGCUGCUGUCUCUGGGCUACUUGGUGGUGUUCGGGGUGAAGACAGCUGCCACUGACUGGGGACAGUUGUUCCUCAUGCAGGAGAAAGGCCAGACUGUUCUCAUGGGGAGUACCUACAUGAGUGCCUUGGAGGUGGGGGGUUUCGUGGGCAGCCUUGCAGCAGGGUUCCUCUCUGAUCGAGCCGUAGCUCGGCAAGGCUUGGGCACCCACGGCAACCCUCGCCACGGCCUGCUCAUUUUCAUGAUGGCCGGCAUGUGCGUGUCCAUGUACCUCUUCAGGGUCACCAUCACACAUGAGAUGCCGACGGAGGCUCCUCUUUGGGUCCAAGUCCUUCAUCCUGUCUCUGUCCUUGUUGGUGUAUCAGAAAAAGAGAUCUGGAUCCUGUUCCUCGGUGCUGUGUUUGGAUUUUCUUCCUACGGACCGAUCGCCUUGUUCGGGGUGAUAGCCAGUGAAAGUGCUCCUUCAAAUUUCUGUGGAACCUCUCAUGCUGUUGUAGCUCUGAUGGCUAAUGUCGGGGCUUUUAUGGCGGGCCUUCCCUUCAGCACCAUCGCCAAGCAUCACAGCUGGGACACGGCCUUCUGGGUUGCCGAGUUGAUCAUGGUCGUGGCCACCGUUGCCUUCUUCUUCGCGCGCAACAUACGCACCAAGAUGGGACGGAUCGCGGAAAAAACGGACUAAUGUGUCUUCCUGAAAUAAGCCAACCGUCGACGUCCUGUCAUGUGACUUCAAUACUGCACAUUAAUACAACGCCAAUUAGACCUAACGAAAUCACUGUCACACGGACUAACCUCGGAAAACAAACACACAAUCAGGUGCUUUAGUCACACACAGAUGUUUCCUCACAUUAAACCUAGGGAUGCGCCGAUAUCAGAUAUAGGUCUGAUACUGACUCAAAUAGCUGGAUAUCUAUGGCUAUAGGACGAUCUGGUAUAGGAUACUAUUAAUAAAAUGAAUAAUGAUAUAAAAUAACAAUUCCGUACAUUUUUAUAACAGUAUUUACUUAUUACAUUCUGUGUUACAAAGCAAUGUUUAAGUCAAACCUGGUGUUGCCUUUCACAUAAAAGAAUGCUCCCAGUCUCUUCCACGCAGUGAGGCAUACAGCUUAUUAAUUCAACACUGGUAUCGGAUCGGUACUCUGUAUGCACCGAUACCCACAGCCCAGGUAUGAGUAUUGUUAUCGGGACUGAAAAAGUCGGAUCAGUGCAUCCCUAAUUCAACACCACGAAGAUGGCAGAUGUAAACUGUUCAUCACAAGCUAAUGUUUUAAAGGAGCAGUGUGUAGGAUUUAGUGGCAUCUAGUGGUGAAGUUGUAGAUUGCAACCAACUGAACACCCCU